UUCACACUGCUGACAGAAAGCUCACAGACUCUCUAUAAACAUCCACAGCAUGAACCUUUUAAUGCUUCAUGUGUUUGCUGUCAUAUUCCUCAGUGUUUCUGAAAUCCAUUGUAAGUCUCACCCUAAACCUUCAUGUGGAUAUCCUCCUUCCCAAUGGUGCAGGUCUUUGGAGAUUGCUAUAGAAUGUGGGGUGAGGAAACAGUGUAUGGAAUUGAAUGCGACCCGGCCAGACCCAUUGGUUCCUCCCGUAGAGGUUACUCUGUACUAUGAGAGUCUGUGUCCUGGAAGCAGAGCUUUCCUGACGGAGCAACUCUUCCCAACCUGGACUUUACUGAAAGACAUAAUGAAAGUUAACUUGGUGCCCUUUGGAAAUACUGAGGUGCUUCCUGAACAGAAUUCAUUCUCUUGUCAACAUGGAGAGUCAGAGUGCUACGCUAACAUGGUGGAGGCAUGUGUUUUACAUACAGCUGGUCAUGCUGCAUUGCCCGUCAUUUACUGCAUGGAGUCGUCUGCGGAUGUACUAAAAUCGGCUAAGCCUUGUUUGCAGCUCGGUGCACCAUUAGUUAAAUGGGGAGCCAUAGAGUCCUGUGCAAGAGGACAGCUUGGCCACAGAUUGAUGCAUGAGAAUGCAGUGAGGACACAGGCUCUCAAACCAGGACACACUCAUGUGCCCUGGGUCACGUUCAAUGGGGAAUACACGAGUGAAUGGGAAGACAAGGCUAUGUCCACUCUCUUCAGCCUUGUAUGCAAAUUGUACAAAGGAAUAAAGCCACCAGCCUGCACUGGAGCCCUGAAAAAACUGAACCGAAGCUUUUGCUAUAAGGAGUGAGGAAUGCUACACAUUAGUUUUUGUGUUUAGAAAAAGCUAAAUGUAUAAUGCUGUAGCUUAAACAAACUUUUGUUAAAUUAAAGGUUAAGUGUGUAAUUUCUGCUCCACUAGCAUCACCAAAUGGAACUGCAAAUAUGAUGACUGUUUUCAAACAUAUUUUCCUGAACACUCCCCUGUCUUCCAUUGGUCGGGUGAACAUAAAGUCCAAUCCUAAACUCACAGUUGAGCCAAAGGACUACUUGCAAAACUGCUUCUGCUUUCUACUUAGUGCGGCUCAGGCGUUUCCACUAACAAUGUUCAGCGCACAUACAUGCAGAGAUUUAUUCAUGGGAAGGAAGUUUAUUCCUACUUUUUAGGGCUGUCAGUUGAUUAAAACAAUAAAUCCUGUUUUUGCACGUGUUUGUCUGGUCUCUCCUGUCACACAUGGAUCGUGUAGUUGUUUCAUUCAAAGAGCGCAGAUGCCCUUUUAAAAAUGAUUUGUGGUUAAAUGUCUGCUGCAGACCUCUGUGUGAGGAGAAAAGUUUAAAUUAAUUAAAGCUUUGAAAACUGUUUUUCCACUGAACUUUGAAGACACUGUACACAGUAAUGUUCAGAAUAUUUAUUCUCAUGUCUCUGAAAUUGUCUGGACAUUAAAAUCACCUUCUGAACAAUCAUUUUAAGUGGUAUUUCAGGAAUUAGGCAACUACAGCACAUUGUAAACUCAUAUAACCAGAAACUAGCAAACUGCAUUAUUUAAAAGGAGAAGUAUGUCAUGAAGCACACUGCAAGUAGUUCAUAUUGCUUUGGGCUGGUUGGAAUCCUCAAAAUAGCACAACAGUGUUUUGAUAGCACUGCAGUCACAGUGUUUACACUUUUCAGGGGAAUCGACCUUCUAAUGCUUUACAUAUUGUUGUCUCUGCAUAUAAAGCAAGGAUUGUUAAAAAGUUCAUGCGUCACCUUUAAGGUUUUUGUGUGUGUGACUUGAAAAAUUAAUAUUGUAUCUUUACUAAUGUAGCUAUCCAUUUAAUUAAA